ACGCUAAUUGUCAAACAAUCCAUAAAAUCUGUUUGUUGAAUGCAAAAUUAUCGAAUAAUAGAAAACAACCGUGGCUGAAACGGCCUGAAAUUACGCGUUUCGUAAUAAUUAAGUGUUUGUGCCGCCAAAAUGUCUCAGUUACCGGAUGAUAUUGGAGAUAUCACCAUGGCUUCGGCCGAGGCAGAUUCUUCACAAACUCACGGGCAUGAAGCAACAUCAAGUGCCAAUAGCGAGGACACAGCGUCCGGUAGUGCUGCAACCCCCGCCGGUAGCGAGGGCCAAGCAUCCCGCCAGUCGAACCUGCAGCGCAUACAGCAACGCAAGCAACAGGUGUACAACUGGCCGCAUAACAAGAAGUUGCUGAAGCUCGCUAUUUACUCAGCAUGUCAGACCCCGGACUGCAACUGCACGGGGUGGAAGACGCCGAUGCCGCAGCAGGCCAUCAAGGCCAACGCGCGCGCCGACAACCAACCUUUAGCCACCUUCAACGACCCUUGCCGGAACUGCAACCAUAUUUUAGAAAAACAUGUGACACAACUGCAAGGUCUGCAGGUGUCGGAAGUGAACCGUCUGCUGGGCGCCGUGGUGGACGUGGAGAAUAUCUUCAUGUCCAUGCACCGUGAGGAUGACCACGACACCAAGCGGGUUUACUAUUAUCUGUUCAAACUCCUCCGGAAAUGCAUCCUCUCUCGCUCCAAGCCCACCAUCGAGGGCCCCCUCGGCCAGCCCCCCUUCGAGCGCCCCUCCAUCGCCAAGGCCAUCACCAACUUCGUACUGUAUAAGUUCAACACUUUACCCCAGAGGGAGUGGCAGACUAUGUAUGACUUGGCCAAAAUGUUUCUACACUGCUUCAACCAUUGGAACUUUGAAACCCCUAGCGUUAGGAAAUUGCAAGUGUCUAAUCCAGAAGACAUAUCAGCGUAUCAAAUUAAUUACACAAGAUGGCUAGUGUUCUGCCACGUGCCGGCGUUCUGCGACUCGCUGCCGCACUACGAGACCUCCCUCGUGUUCGGGCGCACGCUGCUCCGCGCCGUGUUCAAGUCCGUGUGCCGCCAGCUCAUGGACAAGUGCCACUCCGAGCGCGACCGCAUGCCGCCCGAGAAGCGGGUACUAGUAUUGACCCACUUCCCCCGCUUCUUAGCCUUGUUAGAAGAAGAAAUAUUCAGCGCCAAUUCCCCCAUCUGGGAUCCAGAAUACAAGCAGGUCCCACCAAACCAUCUGCAGGCCAUAUUGGACAAUAAGACCACGCCGCGGCGGGGCGAAUUCGAGCGGGUGACGACGAGCGGCGAUAGCAAGGAUGGGUUCACCACCGUGUCGCUCUCUGCUGGUUCAAUAAAACAAGAGUCCCUCAAGCGCGCCGCCGAAUCCCGAGGCGAAGCCGCCAGCGCCGCCGGCGGCAAGCGACGGCGCGUGGUGGAGGACAGCGCCGACGACGUCAGCGAGCGCUGCGUGGCCGACAUUGUGGCCACCAUCACCGAUCCCGCCUACAUGUGCGGGCCCGACGCGUUGUUCCAAAUGCAGGCGCCGCGCGACGAGGCCGCCAAAGUGGAGGAACAGCGGAAGAUGAUAGAGUUCCACGUCAUCGGGAACUCUCUCACUGGACCUGUUAACAAGCAAACCAUGCUGUGGCUCAUAGGUCUUCAUAACGUUUUCUCCCACCAGUUACCAGAAAUGACCAAAGAAUACAUCUCUCAGCUAGUUUUUGAUCCAAAACACAAGACUUUAGCUUUGAUUAAGGAGGGAAGACCAAUCGGAGGGAUAUGCUUCAGGACUUUCCACUCACAGGGUUUCAGCGAGGUGGUGUUCUGCGCGGUGACCUCCAACGAGCAGGUGAAGGGCUACGGCACGCAUCUGAUGAACCACCUCAAGGACUACCACAUACGGAACAACAUCCUACACUUCCUGUCAUUCGCUGACGAGUUCGCCAUCGGUUACUUCAAGAAGCAAGGCUUCAGUAAGGACAUCCGCCUCCCCCGCGCCAUGUACCAGGGCUACAUAAAGGACUACGAGGGCGCCACGCUCAUGCACUGCGAGCUCAACCCCCGGAUAGUCUACACGCAGUUCACGUCCGUCAUACGACGGCAGAAAGAGAUCGUUAAGAAAUUGAUAGAUAUGAGGCAGAAAGAAGUUAGGAAAAUUCAUCCCGGACUUACGUGUUUUAAAGAGGGUGUGCGCAGCAUCCCGGUGGAGUGCAUCCCCGGGCUGCGCGAGACCGGCUGGCGCCCGGCGCGCGCGCCGCCCGCCGCCGCCGCCGCCGCCGACGACAACCCCGCGCUGCGCACCGUGCUGCACGCGGUAAAGAACCACGCAGCCGCUUGGCCGUUCCUGAAGCCGGUGGACAAGGCGGAGGUCCCGGACUACUACGACCACAUCAAAUAUCCCAUGGACUUAAGAACGAUGGGCGAACGUCUGAAAGCCCGCUACUACGUGUCGAAGAGGCUUUUCAUCGCCGACAUGACGCGGAUUUUCACCAACUGCCGCACAUACAACUCGCCCGAGACAGACUAUUACAAGUGCGCAAACACGCUGGAGAAGUACUUCCAAACGAAGAUGAAGGAAGCCGGGCUGUGGGACAAAUGAUCGGAGUUCAGCUUCGACGCGUUUUUCCUGCGAGAACUGCACAACAUCCCCGCAGCCACCCCGGAGGCCAACGACACCGAGACUUGAAUCUUUACUGUACGGAUACAUAAGUGCACUUUUACCCCAUCGUCCACUUUAGCCCCUUCCUUCACAUCUAUUUAUUUAAGCUAAUCGUACAGCAAAAAUUGUACAAAAUGUGAACUUAAUGCCAGAAGGCAUUCUCGACCAGUUAACCCUCGGGUCAAACUGAGAACAAGCAGUAAUACGUGCAAGAAAAGUUAAAUAUUAAAUAUAAAUGUUACAUACAUCAACCCCGGCCACUCCUAUGUGAACUUAGGGUGCUACCACACCAAUCUAUCGAUCGGUUUGUCUACGUAGAAAGUAUCGAUCGAUUAGUGUGGUUCGACCCUUACUUUGAGAUGUAAAAUAUUUCAAUGUUUGUAGUUUUAUUAGUCAAUAACAAAUUAAAUAAUCGUUUUUACCUAUUGUUAAGACUGAUGUUAUUUUCAAAUUAUGGUGUAGUAUUUCACUUAUGUACAGUCAGGAAAAUCAAUUGCUUAGGGGGGCUAAGCUACAUACAUAUUUGUAUACACCCCUGCCAAGCUAAUAGUUUUGUUGUAUUUAACCCCUUGACCGCCACCGACGUCAACUGACGCGCGCGGCUGCAGCCCAAUAUCAACCUUCGUGCAUUGUGACAAGGUUCACAAAGACUCGCCGCGCACGAUAGGCGUGCCGUUCCAAGGGUUAACCGUUGCAUAGUUGGAAAUCCUUAAACUUAAGGCACGUGAGUUCAGGUCCUCCGAAUGCAGCUCACUGAGCGAAUACUAAAUACAUGUUAGACACAUGUUAUAGUAGGUAGUUGAAUUUUUGAAUCAUGAAAUUUGCUUAGUUUAAUAUUGAUUUAAUUUUAGUAAGGGUGGCAUUCCACCUGUCUUUUUCUUUGUCCAAUGUCAUUGCGUCUUACUCUCUCAUUAAGCAAAAUGUGAGACGCAGUACACAUGGGAUAAAGAAAUUGGAUAUGUGGAAUACGACCCUAAGUAAAUAAGGAUAAGUAAAUGUAAAUAAUUUAUUGACAACAUUAUAAUGUGAUAAUACUGAAAUGUUAGCUAAUUUCUUGUAAUGUUUAGUAUCGUGUCAACUUUGUACAAUUCAAACCAAGUUUCUAGUAGACAUAGUAUUUCAAUAGAAUGGAACAAGUACGACGUACUGUUCUAUUGCUAAAAUAUUAUUAAAUUAAUAUGUACUAUGUAUGGUUAGGUGACAACCAAAGCUCAUUAAUUACUUACUACCACAAAUUCACAGCCUUAGUGAACGGUACUAGUAAUAAAACAAAGUUUUUUUUUGCAAUUAGUGAAUUUUGGUUGUCACCUGAGUCAAUAUAGUAAAUAAAUAAAUAUUAUGGGGACACCUUACACAGAUCAACCUAGCCCCAAACUAAGAAAAGCUAGGCUACGAUAUACAUACAUACUUUUAUACAUAGAAAACACCCAUGACUCGGGAACUAAUAUUUGAGUACAUCAAACAAAUAAAUCCCCUUACCGGGAUCCGAACCCAGGACCAUCGGCUUCACAGGCAGAGUAGUGACCCACUAGGCCAGAUCGGUAGUACGGUAGGAACGGAUCGGUUCACAUGAAUAUUGUAAUGAAAUAUAAUCUAGAUUUUUGCUCAAUGUGUAACACGUUAUUACGCUUACAUUAAUCAAUCAGAUCUUUUUGAGUGUAUAAAUGAUUUUGCAUA